AUGUCUUCUGAUACAGAUGUAAACAAAAGUGCCUCUCCGACUGCCAAGGAACUACCAGAUGAACCUGAUGGCCCUCUUCCUGGCUCAGCCAGUGACCAAGAAAAGAAAGUAAGAUUAUCUCCAGCCAAAAUGUCAACCAGGAAUUCUACAAAUCUAGUUGAAUAUAUUGACAAGGGUUAUUCUUUCCUUCCUGUCAUUCCAAACACCCAGAGAAGUCAGCUAGAAGACAGGCUAAACAACCAGGAGCGCACCAUAGCCUUCCUCCUAGAACAAGCCUUCCGCAUCAAGGAGGACAUCUCUGCCUGUCUUCAGGGGACCCAGGGCUUUCGAAAAGAGGAGUCACUUGCUAGGAAGCUGCUGGAAAGUCACAUCCAGACCAUCACCAGUAUAGUCAAAAAACUCAACCAAAACAUUGAGGUUUUAGAAGAACAAAUAAGAGUUCGAGACCAGAUGGCCACAGGAACUAAUUUUGCAGUACAGGAGCUAAACACCAAACACCUACAAGGAGUUGGAGAUCUUCGAGGAAGAGUAGCCAGAUGUGAUUCAAGCAUUGUAAAGCUUUCUGGAGACAUUCACUUCAUCAGGCACGAAUAUCGGCAAACUGAGAAAUCAAUUCAAGGGCUCGUGUCUGCCCUGGAAACUGUUUCUAAGAACUUGGAUACGAAGGUAAUGCAGCUCUUAGGAAAGAUAGAGGCUUCCAGUUCUGAGCAAACCUCAAAUUUAAAGAUGGUCCAGGGGAAUUAUCACCACGAAAUGGACCUUUUGGAGUUCAAAUUUAAUUCACUUUCAAAUAAUCUCUAUGAAGAAGUGGAAAACAAUAAAAAAUGGACAGAAAACCAGUUCAUCAAAUAUGGAAAAGACCAGCUCGGCCACAUAAAUCAGUGUCUGAAGUUUCUACAGGAGAAACUGGAAAAGUCCGAAAAUAAAAUGGAAGGAAAAUUGCUGCAGCUUUCAAGCAAGUUAGAGAAUUUCAUUAACACACAGAAACAGGAAGCAGAACAGAACAAAAUAAAGCAGGUAGAAAAUAAAGUGUCCAAAAAGAUGAGCCAACUGGAAAAGCAGAUCUGGGGUGAAUUAGAGAAAAUGCAGACUGAAUAUCAAACAGGUUUUAAAUCAAUUCAUGACUCUCUCAGCUCCCUUCAACAAAUACAGAAAACAAAGAUGCAAUUACAGAAAUAUAAAGUCCAGAAAGAUCUAAAGAAGUUACAGCGCAAGAUAGUGGAACUCCAAGAAGCAUAAACAUUUCCAGUCAUCUUCUUUAUCACCAGCCAAUGGAGUGGGUGUGUGUAAAGUUGGGACUAAGAAAGUUGAUAUCUCUGGAUGGUAACUUCUUCUAAUGUCUCUGUAUUUCUUACCACAUUUUAAGGAAAUACAUGUAUCAAAAAACCCAAGAAAGUAAAGAAGUUU